AUGACGGAUGCACUUUUGAAGUACAUUUACGUCGAUCGUCUUUACCAACUGCUCCCCGUUGAGUCUGUAUUUAAGACGUACGAUCAAGUCGAGGCCGACUCGUAUUUUAUAUCCUGCAGGUCGAUCAUUCUGAACGUUGCCGUCUCGAGAGACCUCAACGUCGUUGCUAAGCAUACUUUGGAUCUGACAGACUCUAUUUUGGAAGGGAAUGACAUUAUAUCGCCAGAGGUCACGGUAGACGCUAUCCAAUCCGUGCUUGUUCUGGUGCGAUUGCUAAACAAUUCUAUGCAAUACUACUGGGAGUACAUCGAGAAUUUUGUCGAUGAGGAGGAAGAUAGCGCCGGCUACGAGAUAUACACGGACUCACAAAUCGGGAUUCCGAGGCCCGUAAGGAAAAUUGUCGUUGGGAAAUGCCCACAAGUGUUAGAGAGUUCGGUAGCGACGAGACUCAUUGAAACCUGUUUCAGCCUCACUUUCCACACAAGGACACUACAGAUUGUGGCAAACUUAUGCAAUCAUCUACACAAUUUGGGCAACUCAGGUUAUGUCAAUUACUUUUCUAUCCUACCAAAGUAUCAACAUUACUUGAAGGAAAAUAAUAACCCAUUCUACACGAAAUUGAUGGAUUCAACAGUCAACAAUCUACUCCGCUUUAUCGCUGCAUCAAACCCGAAUGAGUAUUUCAACUUUAUAAGGAACAAGAUCCAAAUCCCACUGGUUCAGCAGACAGAUGAUAUGCAAGUGAUGGGGUACCUUAUGUUGUUCAGUAACCUGUACAUGAAGAAAUCCAUAGUACUGAAGACGCUAGAACUGAUCAAGUUAGUGUUACACUCCUUGAAGAAACAGGCGUUCCAGCAUUUGUUGUUGUUUUUUUCAUCAAAAUCGUACAUCUUUUGGAUUAUGUCUAGACCAGAAAAUUACGCAGCUUUCUACGAAAGUUUAAAGGAUUUUAACUCGAAAAAUGGUAAGAGAAACUAUCCGAUUUCCUCCUUCAUUUCAGGGUUCUUCGAUGAUAUCUACUCGCAUUACAACAUAUCAGGAAUCCUGUCUAGUAACCAGAACUCCACCUCUUCAUCGAAUGCUAAGACCGAUAGCAUGUCUAUAGAGAGUAUGCCAGUAGGUUCAAGUUCCCCAUUCCCUGCUCAGAACUUUCAAUCAACCAAGAAUCCAAGCAGCACUACAUUAUCCAAUCUAGAAACCAGGCGUCCCAUCUACAGGGCAAAUUCAGGCACGUCAUCUUCCAGAUUGUACGAUCUAUUGCAUUCAUCUCCAGUAUCCGCUGGCAGCAUGCAACAAGGUCACAUUUCUGCAGGGAAUAGCUCGAGUAAUUUAUCGAGCAUGACACUAAGUUCCUCAUCGAUAUCUACAUCGCAAACUAACUUCGCUUUCGAUGGUCGUAGUAGCAGUAUGAGUAAAGACGAAUCAAGAGCUUCAUCUUCUGAUUUUGAAAAUCUUUCGGCUAGAUCUCCAGUCCAAAACGCAAAUGACAUGCUGAAACAUGCCAACGAAUCAGCAGAACCAGGGAUCUUACAAAUCAGAAUGGAUUCAUCAAGUAGUCAAAAUAAUGCCAUCCCAGUAGACGCUACAAAGGCUCAAGGAUUGUUUAUAAAAACAAAAGGACUGGACAAUGCCCGGUUGAGAAGGAAGAGGUCGUCAGGAACGUCUCAUUUAGAGGGGAUUUUGUCUCUUUUCAGCCAGUUUAAUGAUGCAGAAACUCUGACCCACACGGCACCCUUGAGGUUUCUAAUAAUUCUGAUGAUGUUCGACACUGAACUGUUCAGCGUACUGAUUCCUCAUCAUUUCAAAAAUUUAAUUAGUGCAGAAAGGGCGACUGACCAAGAUCAUAAUAUCUCAACGGAAAGGAAAUCAUCAGGCUCAACUGAAACUUUGUCUUCGCACCCGUCCCCAGUGUCCCCGAAUACAGCGGAAAAGGACAAGGAUAAGGGCAUACAACUGAGACAUUUCACACAAGGUUUUAAAAAAUUGUCUUUGCUCCAGCCUUCCAAAAAAAAAUCUGUUAAAGUAAUCAGUCUGAUAAUUAAAAACCUGAAUGGGUCGCUAGCCACUUGUGAAACAGCACUCCUGGAUUCAAUGCGGUCUUGCAUCAUGCUUCUUUCGCUAGCUGCUCCUGUAUGCCUAGUCAAUAAUUCUGCACCAUCUGUCAUAUUCUCUAAGAGGUUAAUUCCUCUACUGGGUGUCAAUCUCGACAUUGGGGAAAAAUGGGAUAGCUCAAUUUCGUGCAAUGCAGCUUUACGUGCCUGCUUAACCAAGCACAAGGACCACUAUAGCCAAUUCAGGAUAGAGUAUUUCACCGCUGCUCUUCAAUUUGAACUAGUCGGUUUCAUAUCAAAACUCAAUCUGCAGAAAUUGAAUCCAAAGACCGAUUUGGAAAACCUGAAAUUAUACACGGAAAGUUUGAGAAUAUUUUUUUAUCUGCCUGGGAGUGAAAGAAUGCGGGAGCAGAUUGCAACAGAAACCUCGGUGUUUCUCAAAAAUAUUCUGUCGUCUGUCUCAGACAUCGUAUUAGAAGAAUUCCCUAAUAUCGGAGAAAAAAUAUCAGAUAUUGUCGACGCAAUUAUGAAUGGUAGCAUUGUAGAUCAGUUUGGUAGUCGGAAAACCUUCAACAGUGGAACACCAUCGGUGUCAUCAUCCUUAAGAUCUGAAUCUCCCUUCGAUGACCUGGUCUCGACCUCUUCAUCGCUGAAACGAGGGUAUUCAACUGAUGAGGCCGUUUCAGACUGGUCACCUCAGACUGGGUUCCAACCAACUUCUCCUAUAGACUCCCCUCUUCCGUAUGUGCCGUCGCCGAUGUCCAGAUCAAGAUCCAGCGAUACAUCUAAUAAAGGACCUUUAGAGAGCAGUCAUUUGGCAACCCCAAGGGCGAGUUCUUCUACCGGAAGGAACAAACUUUUUGUUUUGAACCCAACGGAUGGUGACGAAAACGUUUCAUCUUCAGUCUCAUCGCAACGAAUGACAGUGACGACUUCUACGCCUUCACGGAAUAUAAAAUCAUUUGCGAGAACCCCAAUUAGGGCCAAUAGAGAUAGUGAUGACAACACACAGAAGAAUCUUAAGGUCAAACUUGCGUCUAAUCUGGAGAACAAACUAAGUUUGGUCACUGCGGAAGAUGUACAGAACGCCAAAAUAAUUAUGAUAAGCAUUUUCAAUAUUUUUGAAAACCUGUUAAAUCUCUUCUUUUUACCACACGAGUCUAAUUCUGAUCUGCUGUGGAUAUCCGAAGAGUUCAAAAACAUCAUCAAACCAAUAUUUAUCGGUAUCGUUGGAUCCGACGAGGAGAUUCGCAACUCCUCCCAAGCAUUUAUGGAUGUUCUAAUGGAAUACAUCAAAGAAUUUAGCAUGGACACAUCAGCCAUCACAGUCAAUGGUUAUAUUCUUAUUUGCAGUUACACUGUAUGCCUAUUCUCAGUGGGACUAUUCAACCUAGAUAUUGAUAAUGCAAAGCGGUUGACCUUGAUGAAUAUAGUGGAUAACUAUUUGCAAUUAAGGUCAUAUUUGAUUAUGGUUUCUACAGACACUGAAAAUGCUGCUGCUGUUGCAGAAGCUGAUAAAAGCACAUUUGGUCCACUUAUCGUCACAAUAGGUAGAGCCGCUGUUAUUUCCCUUUGUUGUACCGACUCGAAAAUUCAAAAUGUUUUGAAGAAUAUUUAUAGACAUGCCAUGACCAUUAUUAACUUUUAUUUGGAACAUGUUACCGAAGUUGAUAUCAGGUGGAUGGUAAACAUCAAAUUUAUAGAGGCUAUGGGCGAGGAUGCCAAUUUGCGCGACACAUCAGGCUCAUUGGCAUUUCAACGCCGUGUAAGAAGGCUUCUUCUGAAAAACAUUAAAGGGUGUGAUUCCGUCGUUCUGGAUUGUACCUGCGAAAUGUUCAAGAAAUGGAAAUAUUAUGAUAAAAUGGACCUAAAGUUAAGCCAGGAAGAAUGGACCGACUUUAGGAGUAUCGCUGGGAUUCUGGCUCCGAUUUCAGGUGUGAUGCUUUUUGGUUAUGGUGCAAAUGAGGAGUUUGAAAACGCAACGUACAAGGAGUAUUUGUGGCAACUAAGAAGAGAUAUCGACUAUUUUAUCUAUAAGCAAUGUCAAUGGUUGAAUAAUAGCGAUCUAAUCGUGAGAGAAAAUGCUAGAGAUUUGCUCAGUGUCGAAUUGCACCCACUUUCAUUCAAGGUGUUAUUCGAACACUUGAGGAGCAGGAUUGAUGAACUUUCAUCUUUUGACCUUUCCUUACCGAAAAACGAUCUUACCUAUAUUUUACUGGAGCAGAUAAUCAUUACGUUACGAACCAUUCUAAGAAGAGACGACGAUACUUCUGCAAUGGUUCUGUUUUCUGUUGAUAUCAUUGAAAUUAUUGAGCAAUUGGUCAUACUUGUGGAAGAUCUGCCUCAUGAUAUCCCCAAAUACUUCAAGGCGGUUAUUCAAAUGUCAAAAAUGUUUAGAGCAUUAGAGCAUUCUGAAAUGAAUCUGGCUUUGAAAAACCAUUUCACUCUGAAGAAUAACUGGCUUAGGGUGGUAAUUAGAUGGUUCAAGCUGGCAAUCACAAAAGAGUACGAUUUAGAAAAUAUUGCAAAACCACAUCGUGAAAUGAACUUGUUGAGACGCGACCUGGAUUUCCUUUAUUCGGAUACGGCAAUCGAGUCUUCGAAAGCUCUCGCUUAUUUAACAGUAGACCUGCCUUUGGAAAUUGUAGCAGCGUCUUCUGAAGAGGAGGCGAAAAGGUCCAAGUAUGUGGAGUUUGGCCAUGACUUCAAUAUACUGCUAAAGGGUUUGGAAAAAAGUAUGAAAUAUGAUACCUAUCCAGUAUCGUUAAGGCACAAAAUGAGUAUCCUGAACGAAAACAUCAUUCUAUCAUUGACCAAUCUCUCUAACGCGAAUAUUGAUGCGAGUUUACAAUUUAUUGUUCCGAUGGGCUACUCUGAUAACACUAACAUUAGAAUCGCUUUUCUGAAGGUGUUUACUAAUAUUCUAUCCAGCUUUCAAGUACGCAAAGACAAAAUUGAGAGUGAAAAACUGAAAGCUAUGGAUGAUUUGCUACAAUUUGGUAUCAGGAAUCCCCAACUAACCUACGUUAUCGCUAGUAUUUGUCCUGCAAAUGACUUAGAUGCGUAUGCCACCGUGCUUGUAAAUGGUCUGGAAACAAGAAAUGCUGCGCAUAUCAUUGUUGCACAGUUAGUAGUAGAUGAGAUCCGAAAUGUGUCGAGACCAACUGACAUUCUGAGAAGAAAUAGUUGUGCUACAAGAGCAUUGUCCAUGUUGUCAAAAUACAAAGGCGCUGAAUAUUUGAUAAACACAUUGCGCCCUGUUUUGCAAGAACUGUUGAAUAACCACGAUUUUUUUGAAAUCGAAAAGGUUACGCCUAGCGAUCCUAAUUGCAAAACACAAGUUGAGCUGUUCAAAAAAUACAUGAGAAAGUUGAUUGAUGCUAUUUGCUCUUCCAUUUCGUAUUUUCCUCCCGAAUUUUUCUACAUUUGUCAACAGAUAUACACGGAAGUUAAGAAAAAAUUCCCGAACUACACAUAUAUUGCCGCUGGUUCUUUCGUGUUUCUGCGAUUCAUAUGUCCUGCAUUGGUAAAUCCGGAGUCUGAAAAUAUUGUUGAAAUUAAAUCUGCGGGGGAGAAUCGCCCAUUUUUGACUCUAGCAAAAAUAAUUCAACAAAUAGCUAACGGUUCUGACAAUUUGAUUAAAUGGCCUUCAUUAGUUUCUGAAGAGCAAUUUUUGACGGAGUGUAGCUGCAAGAUUUUUGACUUCUUGAAGGAAGUUUGUCGACCUGACAGAAACCCAGCAAUAGUGGUGAGGACAGAUGGUCCAUCUAAACCUUUUGAGUUUAAUUUCUUACAUCAGUUCCUGGUGACACAAGAAAUAAAAAUUAGAAAACGUCUUUUGAGUAUGGUGAAGUCUUCGGAUGAUUUUAUUUUCUUUAAGAAAACGUUCCUGCUGUUAGAUGAUGUGUUUGGACGGCUAGGGGAACCUAAGAUGGAAAACACUCAAGGUAUCCCAGAUUUUGUUAGGAUCCACAAGGAUAAAUAUCCCAGAUUGUUUGAAUACAUGAACCGCUUAGCAUUCAAAAUGCAUCAAGAUGUGAAAAACGGCAACAGAAUUGUUGCUGAAUCUUUGACUACUGAUAAUAUCCCCGUCAUAAUUUUUGUUAUAGGAAAGAAUGCCACCGAGGAGUUGGAUUUUGACACUGUCAUAUACAGACUCCUGCAAGUUUAUGUAAGGAUUUGGACGUCAAAACAUUAUUUUGUCCUGGAUAGUACUGGAUUUGAUGGAAAGGUUUUUGACAUCAAGAGGGUAAUCACAGUUCUGAAUGUUGUUCUACCGGACAUUGCAAUCAGCAACUGUAAGGGGUACUAUCUGCUGAAUACCAACCAAAACAUGAUGCAGUAUUGGAACUCUUUUUUCGAACAUGAGAAUGUUUACGUUGAGGCCAAGACCCCGAUUCACUUUAUUAAUACCAACUCUGACUAUGAAAUGAUUGAAAAGUUGAAACUGGGCGGUGAAGGUGUCUCUGUUUUAGACGAUGUCAGAGUUUCGUUAAACGACCUAACAAUGUAUGAUGAGAACAAAAAACGUUUGACGCCUGUAUCACUAAAGCUCGGUAACAAGUACUUCCAAGUGUUGGAUGAAACCGGAAAACAAAUGAAAAUUAACCAACUCAACAAACUAGUCACAGUGAAGAUUAAUGAAGUUCACGAAAUAUAUGAGGUAGUAUCGGCCGAAGUAUCGCACUAUUCAGGUGUCCAUGGUGAAUUUACCGUCACUUUGAAUGACGGGACUAGAAUGAUUUUUUGCAACCCCAAAUACUUGGAGAUUGUAAAGAUGUUUCACUAUGCAAAGGCGAGAGAGGAAACUGGGUUCAAUGAUGAUGAGACCCAGCCAACAAUGAAUACCUCUACCAUUGCAUGGGAUAUACCAGACUCAAGAGAGCAAAGAGAACUAACAACCCAUUUAUUAUUAGUGAUGAUGGUUGGUAUGUUUCACAAAGAAGAUACCGUGAAGAACUUGUCUUAUAAUUUGGUAGCGGAAGCCGAAAAAGCAUUCCAUUUGAAUUUUGGAACGCGCUUUCACACCACACCUGAAGUGUACGUGCCUACCGACAUCACAUCCUUCUUGUUUCUGAUUGCUCAGAGUUUAGCUGCUGAACAUCCAUUGCUUACAUUCUCUAUGUGGAAACACAUUCUAAAUGCUCUAGUAGUUGGUGUAGUCCCAAGAGAUUAUGUUCCGCAGACACUGUAUGCGUUGUCAGCAUGGGUUCCGAAUCUUUUUGAGUAUGUUUAUCUCGAUGACGAAGAAGAGGGAGCUGAAAACAUUUCCAAUCUUUUCCGUAUAUUGAUAAAACUGACGGUCUCAGACCCAGCAUUCACAUCAAUAUACUUACGAGAGGUUUGGUUCCCUAUUGGAUCAGAUGGUCGCUUGACCAACUUUUUAGUAACUGAGGUCAUAAACCAUGCACUUGAGCGGGAUUCCGAAAACCGAGAAUGGGAAAAGAUCGUUACGCUGCUCUCCAGCUUUCCUACAGUUGAAAUUGCAUCAAUUUUAGUAAAAAGACUGAAGGGCGUAAUCGAGUCGUUCCUUCCUUCCUUACAACAAGAGGCGCUAACUCAGAGUUGGGCAGAAUUGAAAAUAUUGGUAAGGGUUUCAAUCUACGUGUUUUUCGAAUCACCAUUUAUUACCAAUAUGUUCCUACCUGAAUUACUGUAUGUCAUUUCCCUUUUGAUUGACGUUGGACCUACAGAACUGCGAGUAUCUCUCCAUGAAUUACUGAUGAAUAUCUGUAGUUCGUUGACUAUAGAUGACUCGUUGCCUCUUUAUAAGAAGGAAAGGAUCGAUGCCAUAACUGUUCUAUUUUCCAAACAAAAAAUGAAGUACAUUUCCGGAUUUAGUCAACAUAAAGGACGGCUACUACAAACUUUUAAUGCGUCUUCUUUCGUGAGUAAGUUUAAUACGUUAGAACAUCUUGUUACGAAUAUGGUGGCCCUGAUGGAUUGUGCAACUUUGAAUGAUUCCGCCCAGUGGAAAACCAAAUAUAGGAAACUUUUGACGGACGUCGUAUUUACGAAGGACUCCUUUUUGUCUUCUAGAGCUACUAUGAUACUGGGUAUACUUGGCAAAACUUUCACGUCAGAACAUCUGUGCAGAAACCUGUUGUCAGAAACAAUGAAGAUUGCAGCUGCGCCAAAAAUAACGGAGGAGGUUUUAUUCUCUGUAGUAGCCCAGUGUUUCACAUACAGUGCUAUUGCAGAAGGGCUAGAUCCAUCAUCUGUAUUAUUAAAACAGCUAUUUUGGUUAUCCUUCACAUUAAUCGAUACUUACCACCCUGCAAUUUAUGAAGGUGCACUUCUCAUGCUUUCAAAAUCUUUGAAGAAAAUAUGUGAACACAACCUUGAAGUCAAUGAAGGCCACAAAAAAGUUGUCACAAUUCUAUUGGAGGCUAGAAAGUUUGGAUUGGGGUUGUUUGAACAGUUGGAUGAAGUCCACAAAAUUAAAUGGUCAGAGGAAAACUUCCCAUCGAUUAUGCUCAGUGUUGUUAGUAGCGGAUUCGCUGUCCCUUCAAUUAGAACAGUGGCUAUUGAUUGUUUGAAGACAGCCCUGUCUUAUUCCUACAAAGAGCACACAAAAUUCUCUAUUCCUACUCAGUACGAAAACUACAUGUUUAUCAUGUAUGUUGUGAGUAACGCCGAAGAGUUUGAUGAAAUACUGAAAGAAAUCGAAUAUGACGGUGAAGUGGUCCAAAUAUCGAAGUACUACCGGAUUCCAGGCAAACUACUAGAUUGGCUAUCUUCCGAUUGUGAAAGUUCUAAUAUAGCACUAUACCAGGGGUCCAUAAUAUUCACCAGUUCCUCAUCAGACGAGCCUAGCAAACUGCGGUACGCACUUGUUAUGAGGUACUUACUAUUUUCCAACAGAAUAUGUUUGUUUAGGUUCUUUGCUCGACUUGAAGCGGACAUUAGGAGAGUUUUGAUUAAGGAGAAUAUUUUUGAAUACAUUCCAAUAUUGUUCGAUAUUACUGGUGAAAUUAUCAAAUACGACGAGUAUAACCACAUUGAUGAAUACCUAGAGUACACCCUACAAAUGAUGAGAGAUAAAGGGCUGCAAAUUGUUAGUGAGUUGCCUGCAUCUGAAAUGUUCGCCACCUCAGGAAAUGUCAUUGGCGUUUCAGACCCUCGACAGGUUUACAAAAGAAAGAGACUGGUUGUGUUGUUGCUGUCCAGAAUCAUCUAUUUAUGA